CACAAUAAAUUGACUCCUCGUCCCUUGCAGAUGGUAAGGAUGUUGGAUAUACUGGCAGAGUAUUUGUCCUUUAAAGGAUUCCAAUUUCAGAGACUCGAUGGUAGUACUAAGGCUGAGCUGCGGCAUCAAGCCAUGGAACAUUUCAAUGCUCCUGGCAGUGAGGAUUUCUGUUUUCUUCUUUCUACUCGUGCUGGUGGCUUGGGUAUCAAUCUUGCAACUGCAGACACAGUUAUCAUAUUUGAUUCUGAUUGGAAUCCACAAAAUGAUUUACAGGCAAUGAGUCGAGCUCAUAGAAUUGGGCAGCAAGAAGUAGUUAAUAUCUAUCGGUUUGUUACUAGCAAGAGUGUUGAGGAAGAUAUCUUGGAGCGGGCUAAGAAAAAAAUGGUUUUGGACCAUUUGGUUAUUCAGAAACUAAAUGCUGAGGGCAGGUUGGAGAAAAAGGAAACGAAGAAAGGAAGUUCAUUUGACAAGAAUGAGCUUUCAGCAAUCCUGAGGUUUGGGGCAGAGGAACUAUUCAAGGAAGACAAAAAUGAUGAGGAAAGCAAGAAAAGGCUUCUCAGUAUGGACAUUGAUGAAAUCCUUGAAAGAGCGGAAAAGGUUGAAGAGACAGCUACCGACUGUGAGGAAGGACAUGAGCUGUUGAGUGCGUUUAAGGUGGCCAACUUCUCUAGUGCUGAAGAUGAUGGGACUUUUUGGAGCCGCAUGAUAAAGCCAGAUGCUAUCUCCCAAGCUGAGGAAGCUUUAGCUCCCCGAGCUGCUCGAAAUAUUAGAAGUUAUGCAGAGGUUAAUCCACCUGAGAAGGUCAAUAAAAGGAAAAAAAAGGGAGCUGAUCAUCAGGAAAGAUUGUCUAAGAGACGGAAGGCAGAUUCAGGAUAUUCUCCUCCUGUGACUGAGGGUGCUACUGCUCAAGUAAGGGGAUGGUCCUAUGGGAACUUACCAAAGAGAGAUGCAACACGGUUUUCCCGUGCGGUAAAGUUGCUGACUGUAGCUAUGCAAUUUUGUUAUGUUUUGUGUUUUAAAACUUACAACUGUUUAAGCUCAUAGCACAGAUGAUUUAUU